AUGACUGUUACUCCAGAUAAAAUACAUGAUACCUCUUUGCCUCUUAGAGAGCGAAUGGAAGCUCUUGUUCGUGUGAAGCAACAAGAAAUUACCCAAGCGUUAGCUGCUGUUGACACUGUCGGAUUCCACAUUGAUUCUUGGACAAGAGGCGAUAAUGGUGGUGGGGGUCAAACAAUGGUUUUACAAAAUGGAACUACAUUUGAAAAAGGGGGUGUCAACAUUUCUGUAGUGCACGGAAAAUUACCAGCACAAGCUGUUCAAAGAAUGAGAGCUGAUCAUGCAAAUCUUAAAGGAAGUGCAAGUGAUGGAAGUGCUGAUUUUUUUGCCUGUGGAUUGUCCUUGGUUAUUCAUCCUCAUAACCCACACGCUCCAACAACACAUGCCAAUUAUAGGUAUUUUGAAACCACUGACCCUGACACCAAAGAAACUCAAGCUUGGUGGUUUGGUGGUGGUGCUGACUUGACACCAUCGUACUUGUAUGAAGAAGAUGCUAGACAUUUCCAUCAAAAACAUAAAGAAGCGUUGGAUAAGUACGACGACACUUUGUAUCCAAAGUACAAGAAAUGGUGUGAUGAGUAUUUCUAUAUCAAACACAGAGGCGAGACUAGAGGCAUUGGUGGAAUCUUUUUUGAUGACUUUGACUCAAAACCAGCUGAUGAGAUUUUACACAUUAUUGAGAGUUGCUUUGAUGCAUUCAUUCCAUCGUAUGUGCCAUUAGUUGAGAAGAGAAAGGAUACACCAUUUACCCCGGAACAGAAGCAAUGGCAACAGAUCAGAAGAGGUAGAUAUGUUGAAUUCAAUUUGGUAUUGGAUAGAGGAACUCAAUUUGGUUUGCUCACCCCAGGAUCGAGAGUGGAGAGUAUAUUAAUGUCGUUGCCUGCGACUGCAAGCUGGGUUUAUGAUCACCAUCCAGAGUCGGGAAGCGAAGAAGACAAGUUGUUACAAGUGUUGAAGAAUCCCGUCGAUUGGGUGUAG